AUGUCGGAUGCCCAAGUCCGGAAGGGCUCCCAAAGCGAACUACAGGAUCAGGACCAAACGACACCACCGCCGUCGUACAAACGCCGGCGCAUAGCGCUAGCUUGCACAUCCUGCAGGAAUCGCAAGUCACGUUGCAAUGGAGCUAGGCCCUCUUGCAGCCUCUGCGUUGAGCUCGGGUUCGAGUGUAUCUACCAACAGCCCGCCGCAGGUAAUGUCAGGCCUCCUCAGUUACAGCCAGGCUAUGACGAGAGACUGCGGGCUAUCGAGGACACGCUCAGGCUGCUCGUCAACCGAAAUCAUUCUUCGUCGGACGCUUCUGAGCAACUAAACCCUCCAAGCCAUCAGCAACACCGGCCGAGUCAAGAAACCAGCACUACAACUCAAGAGCCGCGACAGGUGCCAAAUGACGAUGAAGACGUUGCUAUCCUCGACGAAGAUGACUCCAUCCAACAGAAUGCCGAGGACUCUGUGGAUGGCAUGGCCGCCAUCACCGAUCCGGAAGAGACGGAAUCAAGGUUCUUUGGACCCUCGUCGAACAUAGCACUGCUCCGCCAUAUAUCGGACGCAACUUCAGCUACAUUGAAGGCAAUGGGGCAGUCUCGACACUCGGAGAGUGGACUUAAUCAGCCCAUCGUCUCCCGGGUGGCCUCGCCAGUUACUACGACUCUCUCAGAGACCAGCCCUAUCGCUAAACACCACAUAAACAUUCGGUCGCUCCCUCCAGAAGCACGCGCACUGCACCUUAUCAGGCUCUUCUUCUCCGAUACCGGGAUGCUUUUUCCCUACAUUCACGAGCAGGACAUUCUUCGUACAUACUCUGCUGCUCGGCGCAACCGCUUUAGCGCGGUGAGCCGUUCGUGGUUAUGCCUUGUCAACGCCAUAUUUGCAUUCGCAACAUAUAUCAGCGCUAAACCCGACCAGUCGGCUGAAAAGAAUGCCGCCGAGUCGGAGAUCUUUAUAGAAAGGGCACAGGCUUUAUCGGGUGAGAUUGAGAUGAAGUCCGCCAGUUUAGAGACCGCAGUCCAAUGCUUGCUCUUGAUGGCACAGUAUCGUCAAGGCACUCAGCGAUCUGAUCAGGCCUGGAAUUUGCAUGGUCUCGCAGUCCGUGCAGCGAUCCAAUUGGGGUUGCACUCGCAGACCGCUUCCUCGGGAUUGAACUUGGUUGAAGCCGAGAUACGCAAGCGGACGUGGUUUGGCUGCCCUAGGACGCUAAGCAUGACUUUUGGCCGCCCUUGCAUGAUGCCUAACUCUAUAGUAAAAGUAGACCUCCCGUUGAACCAGAAUCUGGAGCGGCUGUCGAUGCUGGGACAUUCUGCGACUUCGAUGAGCAGCUUGGAUCCGCCAGACACAGUUUGCCUUUUCACGGCAACAAUACAACUAUACUAUAUUUUGGGAGACAUAAUAUCCGAGCUCUAUGGGGGUAACGUGGACAUCGACCCGGGGCUUACCGUUCCAACAAUGCUGGAAAGAACGGUCGUUCUCGAACAGAAAAUGGCAGCUUGGAAGCAUAACCUGUUCCCUCAGCUGCAACGGCGGCCGUGGGAUACACUCGAUCCCGACACCGUCUCCCUCUCCGCUUGGGAUCCGGUCUUUGACAGACUGAGCGUCAUCAUCACGCUCAGAUAUCUCAACACGCGGAUCCUCCUGCACAGACCUAUCUUGAGUGCCUUUUUACGUCAAAGGGCACGAGUGAAGGUAUCUGGGGAACCAGUCGAGCAGGAAGAUCCCUUUUUCAACGAUCUCGGAGAACGAAGCGUCAAGAUCUGUCAGCAAGCGGCCUUGGAGAUCGUCGAGAUUGUCCACAAGACGAGUAAGCCGCCCGCCUUGUUGGGGGCGUGGUGGUUCACUGCCUACUACACAUUCAACGCGGCUCUGGUAAUAUUCAGUUGCAUUUUGCUAGAAAUCGCUCCGUCGAGGUUGCACUCUGUGAACAGCCCGUCCAUAGCCACCAGCGACUCGUUGGACUCGGCCAAGAUCGUCGAGAUGAUCACGCGGCUCCGACGGGCCAUGGAGACGCUGAAGCGGUUCGGCGAAGGCACCAAAACGGCAAAGAGAAUCAGGAAGACAUUGUUGAAGCUCGUGCAGAUAUGCAUGACACUGGUGCAGUUCAAUGCCGAGCAUGGUCCAACCAUCUUGUCAGCCUUGUCCUCUGGACAGCAAAGCGAGGCCGCCCAGCUCAGUAGCCAGAACAGCGUCUCGUUGCAGCCUCAGGGGGCGAUUGAUGGGGGCAUUGCAACGAACGGCCUGCUGCCGACUCUGGGUCAAGACGACCCUUUUGCGGCGUUUGACAUGACCAUGCACCAGUAUUGGACGGACAACAGUCUCGAUCUGUUCGCGGACCUGGUCGGUGUUGAGCCGGGGUUGACUGCUAUGAUGGCUGGCUAA